ACACAGUGCCUCAUGCUUUAAAGGCUCACUAUGAACCAGACUGCCUGUAAUGCAGGAUCACAAUGCCACUCUCACACAGACACACACACACACACACACACACACACACACACACACACACACACACACACACACACACACACACACACACACACACACACCUGGGGAACUUCCAGUGUCCGCACUUUCACUAAAGGUCGUUGACCUCUGAUUUAUCAGUUUUUUCUCAAUGGAUCUGAACUUGGAUUAGCGUUUUUUGUAUUUAUCAUAAAGUGAGGAUGGCCCAGGUGUACAGACUGUAUGCAGGGGUACUGACAGCUCUGGCUUUGUGCAAAUACUCUCUGGCCGGCAGUCAUGUGACCGAAGCGUCUGCCAAUCAAACCGUGUCAAUCGGACACGGAGACAACGGCACAGAAAGCACGACAGAUACAGGGCAGUGGACCGGACACUUCUCAAAAUGUCCCGAGGCUUUAACAAACUACUGCAUCCACGGGGAGUGCCGUUACAUUAAAGAACAGAAUGCACCGUCCUGCAGGUGUCAGCAUGGCUACAUCGGCUCCAGAUGUGAAUAUCUGGACUUGGAUUGGCGGAUAGGAGAGAAACGACAAAUAAUAAUCGCCUGCGUCAUCGCGGGGCUCGUUUUCCUGAUUCUUCUCAUCGUAUUCAUCUGUAUUUGUUCACAUCGGAGGUGCCGGUUGUGUUGGAGGAGACGAAGACGGAGAGAGGAACCGAGGAACGGCUCGGAGAAGCUCAGCAUGAUGGAGACACACACACCGUUAGCAUCAGAAUCAGAGCCAACACACACCAACGCUGUGUGAAGAGUGUGUGUGAGACCACCAGUCUGCGAAGUGUUUACAAUGGAGGGAUUUCUGUUCUUCAUGUGACAGCUGCUGCCUUUUGUCUCACGGUGACAUCAUUUUUCCGGAUGAAGAUCAAGCAGCAGCACGGGAGUUUUGCACCCUUCUCUUAAAAGGGCACGAGUGUCUGAAGCUGUGAUGAAGCUCCAGUACAAAGAGGACGAUGAACACGAGUUCGGAGAGUUCAUGCGUGUUGGCAAGGACGUUUCUUUUCCAACGCUGUGGAGUAACAAGUGCUGCAGACUGAAGGGCGCUAAAUCAGGUGUUGCUAUGUUGGAAAAAGAUGUCACAGCACCUGGCAGCCGGGGGAUAACAGAUGGUCAGGUUAUUGUGCGAUGUGGGAGACAAUAAGCCCUGUUGGCAUCGCACUAUAAUUACCUGGGGAGCUUUAGACAUGUAUAAUUACUGCGAAGGUCUUCUGUGAUUUAAUCCCAUGCUGAUCGGCAAUUUCCGUUGUUUGUCAACUAAAAACUCACCCAUAAUAGCUGUAACAUUUCCCCAAACAUGGACUUCAUGUGAUUACAGUAGCCUGAGAGACUGUUAUCUAAAUCUAACGAGCUAACAAGCUAUAUAUCUAACUAGCUAACGUUAGCUUUGUGCUAUGUGGGAGACAAUAAGCAAUGUUGGCAUCCGACUAGUAUUUCACAGGGAGCUUUAGGAAUGUAUAAUUACUGCGAAGGUCUUCUGUGAUUUAAUCCCGUGCAAAUCGGCCAUUUCCGGUGUAUGUAUUUUACCUACUGCACUUCCCCAAACACGGGGAUAACAAUACGGUGUGAGCGAACUCUAUCUAAAAAACUAGUGAAUGUUUGCUAUAUAUUUAACAAUGUAGUUAACGUUUGCCAGUAAAAACUCACCCCAUUUUACCUACUGAAUUUCCCUAAUCAUGGACGUCAUGUGAUAAGAUUUAGCAAACGUUAGCUAUAUAUCUAACAAGCUAACUAGCUAACAUUAGCUAUAUAUCUAACAAGCUAACUAGCUAACGUUAGCUAUAUAUCUAACAAGCUAACUAGCUAACGUUAGCUAUAUAUCUAACAAGCUAACGUUAGCUAUAUAUCUAACAAGCUAACUAGCUAACGUUAGCUAUAUAUCUAACAAGCUAACUAGCCAACGUUCCCCAUCUCCAUGAUUUGGUGUUGUAUUUGAUAUUUUCCUUUGCAAGAUUUAUGUUUUAUCCACCUCUUGCUCGGCCAAAAGGCUGCAUUGGAAACUACAAUGAAAGUAAAAAACGUUCCUGAAUG